CUGCUGGAAUUAACUCCAGUAUGUGAUGAGACUGCUGAGAUGAACUUCACAGACCUCAUACACAGUCAAAACGAAAGCAAACACAUGAGCGUCGCGUUUUCACGGGCAUGGAUUUUUUUUUUUUAAUGAAGCUAUUUAAGCGAUGGAAAUCACAUGACUCUUCUAAAUAGAUGCUGCUUUUUUAUGGUGCAUCGGUCUAAUGGACAUAACUCUAAAAAAUGACUAUGACUUCACUGUCUGAACGUUUGGUGGCUUCAGACCCCUCAAAAUCGGCUUUUCUGGAGUUCAGUCACGGCUACCAGUCUCACCAGCAGCAUUCACCCGGUGUGUCUCACGCGCAUUAUCCGGUGCACGGUUUGCAUCAAGGUGCACAUUCGCAAUACGAUGCAGCCUUCUCUUCGGGAGCUGCUUCAUACGGCCGCCCGCUCACUUACCACUAUCCCACCGCCCAUCACCAAUCCGGAGCUUACCUACCAUAUCAACACAACAACCCAGUCGGUCAUUCAAGAGUAGAGGAUGCAGAUUCCGAGAAGCAAAGUUCCAUUGAGAGUGGGGAAAUCCGGCUGAACGGGAAGGGGAAGAAGAUUCGCAAACCCCGCACGAUCUACUCGAGCUUGCAGCUGCAGGCGCUCAACCAGCGCUUCCAACAGACCCAGUACCUCGCGCUGCCGGAGCGCGCUGAUCUAGCAGCCAAACUGGGGCUGACACAAACACAGGUAAAGAUAUGGUUCCAGAACAAGCGGUCCAAGUACAAAAAGAUCAUGAAGCAUGCAUCAAGCGGACCAGAAGGAGAACACCUUCAAGCAGCUUCUGCAUCCGGAACACCAUGUUCACCAGGAAUGCCCCUGUGGGAUGUUUCCAUGUCAACCAAAGGUGCCCCCAUCCACUCUGGAGGAUAUAUGAACUCUUUUGGACACUGGUACCCUGGUCAUCAUCAAGAUCCAAUGUCCAGAACUCAGAUGAUGUGACGGGAUGUUUAAUUAGGACAGUCUAGGACAGUUUAGGACAGUUUAUUUGCAUCCCCUCUACUGAUUCUACCAGUCCACUCUAUUUCAGAUCACACCAGCCCUUUUUAGCACUAUUUACUCACAGCCCAACUUUCUUCAACUUCCUCCCCAGUAUUUUUUUCAUGAAGAUUUACAUUGCUGACAUUUUUUUUGCUUGCAGGUUUUUGUGUGGGAUUUUUUAAAGACUGAAUAAGUAAUCUAUUCUAAAUGUGGAUUUUGUAAGCUCUUGUAAAUUUGAAUAAAAUGCCAUUGUCUGAUUGCCAUGCA